GUCUCAAUUCUGGGUGGAAUGGAUUCAUUGUUUUUGAAUUCGUAGAGAAUUUUUGUCAAGUGUAACAAGAAAACAAAAACAAAAUGACUUUUCCAUUCGAUAGUAAUCAUUAUCGUGUUGAACAAAUUAUUCGUGGCCGAUCUUCAAGCAAUGGUUUAUCAACAUUUCGAACGGCUACCCAUGAUCAUAUCCUGCCGGUUGGUUGGUUUUGUAAAUUUGAUCCAAAAACCAAACGAUAUUAUUUUAUACGUGAAUCGGAUGAUGAAAAUUCAUCAUCAUCAUCAUCAUCAUCAGAUGAAUGGCAAGACGAAGAUGAAUAUGGUGAAUUACAACCAUCACCUGAUAAAAAAUCGAUGCGAAGAAUUCGUGCAACUAGCGAAGAACAAGCAAAUAUUGAUCGAAUUUGUAGACAAUUUCCUAAUGUCGAUCGAUCAUAUAUUACACAUCUGAGUAGAAUUUAUCGAAAUCGUGAAAAUUUAGUAAUCAGUGCAUUAUUAGCACAAAAUUAUAGCCGACAACCAGUUACCGGUAUUAUGGUUGAUGAAGCUUUGUUCUAUAAAAUCAGACAAUCAUUUCCUCAUAUAGAACCGGAAUACAUUCGAAAAUUAUUAAUUCAAAAUGAAAAUCGUGAACAUCCUACCAUCGAAGCAUUGCUCAAUCUAUUCGGCCUAUUCAAUACUACAAGAUAUAAACAUUCAAAACGGCCACAAUUAAAAUUAAAAUAUCUGAAAUUUGCUUUUCCUGAUAUUGAUGAAAUUGAAUUGCUUGAUUUAUUGUUCAAAAAUGAAUUCGAUGCUGGUCGUGUGAUCAAAUAUUUGAAAUUGAACGGUCAUGAACAUUCUGAACAUAUCGAGAUUCGAAUGUCAAAACUUUCGGAAACUGUUUUGCUUAAAGAGGCAAAUGAAAGACUACAAGCUUCAAGACCAAAGAGUUUAAUAUUUCAGGAAAAAUAUCAUCCAAAUUUAUGGGAACAAGAGGAUAUUAGAAAGAAUCUAAUCGAAAUGUAUCCAUCGGUGGAUAUUUUCCUUGUUAAUCGAGCACUUGAAGCUACCAGAUUCGACAUAAAAUUGGCUAGUUCCUUUCUGGACACAAUGACACCACAAGAUGCUGAAAAAUAUCUACAACGUACAUUACUAGAUAGAAUUGAACCAAAACGAUUAAUUCGAGUAUCGCGACAUGUUCAAACAAAUUCUUUAACUCAGGAUCUAUUCGGACGGUUAGUCAUUGUUGAAAUUUUUGACCACGAUGAUGAUGAUCAAGAAUUUGAAAAACAAGACCAAAAAAUGGAAGACAAAUCUACAUGUACCAAAGAGGAUGGAAUUAUAAUACGAAAAACAUUUAAACUUGCACAUGGACCAAAUAAAGAAAAUCAAAAAGGACCAGAUGCAAACAACAGAAUAACGAAACGAAGUGAACGAUUGGGGCCUAUAAAUGUUCGAAUUGGAACCGAUUUUCAGAUGAGACAAGGUCCACAAGAUCAACUACGAGCGGAUCAGCGAGCAAUGAAAAUAGGGGCACAAAAAAAGAAUCGACAAGGCGCAAUAGGUCGACAAGUAAUUAGAUGGAAAGAACAAAUGCAAGAAAUGAUGAAUGAUGUUGAUGAAUCAAUUUAUUUUUUUCCGGAUUCCAAAAACGAAAAGAAUGACAAUCAAUAUAUUGUUUGUAAUGAUUAAACUUCAUCUUCAUUGCACAACAUAUUA